AUGGCCGACUCCAGAAACCGCGAGCGCGGCCUCAGGGCCGCCCUCAACAACCCCCGAGUGUCCGAGGAAGCCAAGCAGCACGACCGCGAGCUCCUAGAGAGCGAGUUUGGUGAGCACAUCGAGCCCUCCUCGACCGGGCCGCCCUCGCACCCGCACGCGGCUCCCGCUCACCACGAGGGCGGCCCGCCGUCGUCGACGGGGACCGACAAAGGCCACCCCGCCAGCGGGAGGAAGCCAAGGAGGGCCUCGAUCGGGGAACCCGGCGGCGGCGACACGGGCGGCGACACCAGCGGCCUGCAGCAGAUGGUCGACGACAAAGAAAGGGGAAACGUGAUCCGCGGGCUAAAGGCUGCGCUCAAGAACCCGCAUGUCUCGGAAAAGGCCAAAGAGGCGGAUCGGGAGAAGCUGAGGGCCUUGGGAGAAACGGUCGAGUAGUGUGGUUGGGUAUUUCUGGGUAUAAUUACGUGACUUGUCUGCCUGGUCAUAAUGUCCCGUGUAAAUAUGCCCAGUUUGUGCGAGAAUAACUGUAUUGCGUCAAAGCUGGGGGGUUAGUUUUUGGUAUAUUAUUUGUAUUUACAUAUUUUUUUUCUUUUUGUCAUACUACUAGUCCAUACUGUAAUCAAACUCAGUCUGUACCAC